UUUUACCUCCUCCUCCUCCUCCUCUCUUCCCCGCCUGUUAUCGCCGUCUUCAAUCGCCGCCGAUGGAUUGGCAAGGACAAAAGCUCGUGGAACAAUUGAUGCAGAUACUGCUUGUGAGCUUUGCUGUGGUAGCAUUCUUCACAGGCUAUAUGUUGGGCUCAUUCCGAACUAUGCUGUUAACAUACGCUGGUGGUGUUGUCUUUACGGCCCUUGUCACCAUACCUAACUGGCCUGUCUAUAAUCGCAACCCUCUCAAUUGGUUGGACCCAAGUGUAGUUGAAAAGUAUCCCAAACCGCUGCCUGCUAACACUAGUUCCAAGAAGAAGAGCACUAAGAAGUAGGUCAUUUGACUGAUAUUCGGCUGACAUUUCACUUGGUCCUUCUACAGAAAACUAUUAUGAUGUAUCAAAUACAGUCUGUGGUUUUUCGGUCUGAGCUGAACGUAUUUUGCUCUCGGUGAAUUUUGUCAGUGCUAUAAGAAAGAUUUAGUUUUGA